AUGAAACAUUCAAUGAUUCAAUUGGACGAUUUACCAGAUGAAAUUCUUAUAAUGAUUUUUAAAAAUAUGUGCCAAGCUGAUACAGUCUAUUCUUUAAUAGGUGUUAAUCAACGAUUUAAUACAAUUGUAUAUGAUUCAAUUUUUACUAAUCAUUUGACAUUAUUCGAACAUUCAUCGGAUGGUUCCAUAUGUUCAUUCACUGAUUCAAUGCUUGAAAUAUUUUGUUCAAAAAUUCUACCUAAAAUUAAUCAUAAAAUUAAAUAUCUUCACCUUGAAUCAUCAUCUAUGGAGCGUAUUCUUCUUGCUACAAAUUAUCCUAGUUUAUAUGGACUUUGCUUAUAUAAUAUUAACCUAGAAACAGCUAAACAUUACUUUUUUACCUUAUCAACUCUCUUAGAAUUGCAUGUCAGUGUAACAAAUUUCAGCGAUUGUCUUUAUUUACUUGAUGGACGUUUCAAUCAACUUCAUACAUUUUAUGUUAAUAUUGCUUACACUCGCUUUUCACGGUUAACAAUCAAUAACACAGAAAAUUUACCUAAUUUAAAAGUUUUUUCUCUAAGUUGUAAAACGGUGACAUUUGAUUUUGAUGAAUUAAUUGUUCCACUUCUACAUCGAAUGAUAAAUUUAGAGGAACUUGGUUUAUUUGUUAAAGUUCGUAAAAAGAACACAUUUGUUGAUGGUAAUGAUUUGAAAAAAAAUAUUAUCAAUAAAAUGUCACGAUUAAAUAACUUUCAAUUUGAUAUUCGUUCAACUAUUCAUAUUUUUAAUCAAAUCAAUUUACCAUUUAAUAAAGAUAUUCAAUAUAUAUUCAAAGAUUUUCAUAAUAAUCUUAUUAUUUCUUAUGUUGAUUAUUUUUCAGAGACUCAACAAGCUCACUGUCGCACUUAUUCAUAUCCUUAUCUAUGGAACAGUUAUUGCGAAAUAACUAAUAAUUUUCCAAGUGGAUUAUUAUUUAAAUAUGUUUUAAAAAUAUCAUUACAUGAUGAACGACCAUUUGAACAUGAAUUUUUUCUUCGAAUUGCUCAAUCAUUUCCAUUGGUAAAAUAUUUAACUUUAGCUAAUAACAAACCUCAAAAUGAUAAACAAAAUGAUGACAAUAAAAAUUUACCAAUUAUUAAAUAUCCUCAUCUUACUGCACUUUAUCUUAUUGUAGCUCAUAUAGAUUAUAUCGAACAAUUUCUACUUCAUACAAAAACACAUUUAUCCAAUAAUGUUGAUCUUUUUGUUGUUUAUCAUGCAAUAGAAAAAGUAACAGAAAAUUUUACAAGAAACACAACACGAAUCAAUUGUGAAAAAUUGAACUUUUUAGGUAUUCAUGGUAUAUAUAAAAUUCCUCAAUAUGUAAAAGAAUAUUUUCCUAAUACAGAAAUAUUAAAUUGUGAAUUUGAAUAA